CCCGGGCAAGUUCAGCCUGGCGCAUUCACAACUUUCUCCUCGCUGCGCUUUGCUCAGAUGAGAGAGAUUUGAUCCCGUUUCGUUCCUUUUCACCUCUGAAAAUGAGCUGGACCGGUCUUUAUUGCGGGAUUUAAAAACCAGGUGCUUUCUUCUGAAAUCCGGUUCACACUCAUUUUAACUCCGAUUAGCGCGAGCGCGACUCCGGAUUACAGACUGGAGGAUGGAGGCGCGAGCCACUUCCGAGAAAUCUCAUCUCAUUGACCAGAGAAAUACCAAAACAUACUCUCUGAAACUUACCAGUGAAUUUCCUGAUCAGGUGUAUGAGAAUGGAGAUGCUACUGGGGCCAUUGAGUUGAAGAGGCCUGUCGGAGCUCACUGCCAUGGAAGCAAAGCUCAAUGGGAGGAGAACCGCGAUAAUCUGGUGGCUAAAAAGAAGCUGUACAUUGCCGCUAUAGUCUGCCUGAUCUUCAUGAUUGGAGAAGUGAUUGGAGGCUAUCUCGCCCACAGCCUGGCCAUCAUGACAGAUGCUGCUCAUCUCCUCACAGACUUUGGCAGCAUGAUGGUUAGUCUUUUCUCCCUGUGGAUUUCCUCUAGACCUCCCACCAAGACUAUGAACUUUGGCUGGCACAGAUCAGAGAUUUUGGGAGCACUGAUAUCCAUAAUGUCCAUCUGGAUAGUUACUGGGGUGUUGGUGUACCUUGCUGUUGAGAGAAUUGUAAAAAAUGAUUAUGAAAUUGAUGGCAGAGUGAUGCUGCUUACUUCAGGAUGUGCUGUUGUGGUCAACAUCAUAAUGGCGUACAUCCUCCAUCAUUCCACCACUUUUCAUGGAAUUGACUCUGGCUAUCACAAGAUCACUGAAAAUGGGAUGAGUCCUGGAGGCCAUGGUCACUCCCACAGCCUCUUGGGUAGCCAUGGAAACACCAGUGUCAGGGCGGCAUUCAUCCAUGUUUUGGGUGAUCUUUUACAGAGCUUUGGGGUGAUGAUUGCAGCCAUCAUUAUCUACUUACGGCCUGAAUACAAAAUAGCUGAUCCCAUUUGUACCUUCCUCUUCUCUCUGUUUGUCCUGGGGACGACAGUCACCAUUCUCCGGGAUGUGUUCCGCAUCCUUAUGGAAGGGGCACCCAGAGGAAUUGAAUUUAACUCUGUGAAGGAAGUGCUGCUAUCACUGAAAUCUGUCAAGGCCUUGCACAGUCUGCAUUUGUGGGCUUUAACUAUUGGACAGACCUUGGUUUCUGUCCAUGUGGCCAUUGAGGAAAAUGCAGAUCCUCAGAGUGUCCUCAAGGAAGCUACAGAGCUUCUGCAGGCCAAGUUUGGCUUCUACAGCACCACCAUCCAGGUAGAGCCCUACAGUGAUGACAUGGCCUACUGCACCAUGUGCCAGGAUCCCAUGGACUAACAUCACCAAGAAAAUCGGGUGAGGAAAGUUGUCCUGGAGGUGGCUUGUCCAAAAUAUGUGUGCAUUGUUUUUGACUUUGUUGGGGGUCCAUAUCCAGAAAUGCUGCUGGUACAUUAGCAGGUGCUUUUUUUAACAUCUGUAUUUUUAUGCUAACAAUACAUGCAAAGAUACUGCCAUCCUCUCAUAUUUUACUGACGUUUUCCUUAAAACAUAUGCUUAACCGGCUUCCCAUAAUAAGCUAUGCACACACUGUGCAAUGUCAGUAUUCUGGAGUAUUGAAGAGUAUAUUCUGAAUGCAUUGUCUGUUACCAAGCAGAGGCAAUAAAUGGCUAUCUUGCCCUGCACUGACCACCUCAAAAGAACCACAAAGCCUAGAUUAAUAUUCAAUCUUUUAAUAUUUGUUGGACCACAUUGUAAGACACUUGAAGCUGUUUUCUUUGCUCACUACCAAACAGAGAUUGGACACAAUGGCCCCUAAUCAUCGAACGUGAGUCAAAAACCAGUGCAUGCUCUUAACCGAUUUCAUGUUCAGCAUAUCUAUAUGAUCAAACCCAUGUCUCGGUGGACUGCAUUUCAAUUUGAAUUGAAAUAAUUAAAAUUGACAUAAUUCAUAAUUACACCAAGGAAGUAGAGUAGUAACAUUUAAAAAUAAUGUAUAAAAUUAAUAACAUGCACAUGGAAACCUCAUUAAAAGGAGGUCCAUGGCCAUGCAGAUUGUCCGGGUUAAUUGCCGGGCAGAGAUAUAGCUCAUUAGUCCUUCAAUAAGCAACAGGCCUAUUUACAUACAAGAAGCAUCAUGGAGCUGAUUUUAGUCAAGUUACAUCUGUUAUUUCUUUUAGCACUUCCUUAUUCAGAAAAUACGAUUUUUUUUUGGGUCCAGCAUCUUGGAGCUCCACCAGUUUGUGAGUUAAGGAUAGGAAUUUUGCUUAACCAUAUUUAUGUAUAAAGCUGUAAAUAAGUCCGGGGGAAAAAAAAGAGCAUAUUUCUAGGAUGGUCUAUUAUAGGAUUGCAAAAGACAAACCUCUUCGACCAGCCUUUCCAUUGUUUUAAAUCAUUUUAAUUUUGCAGCAAACUUGGACAUAAACGCCUCACUGAAAUGAAUUUUUAUGCGCUUUCUAUUUACUUCAUCUCUUAGAGCUUUGAUUUCUGAAAUGCAGCCUGCUGAAUGAUAUGCUAUUACUUGAAUCACUAUAACAAAAUCAGCAUAAAUUACGGUGUGAUUCUUGUAAAUUGAUAUGAGGGUAAAUAUGGGCAUGUCAUGCAUAUGGACCUGACUACUGAGCAGGACAUUGUUUCACGCAGCUGAAGCCGAUUUAUGAUUUGCUCUCAAAUCACAGACUACUUUGUGAAUAAGACAAAGUUGUUAUCGUUUGUUCAUCAUUCUGUGCACUCAAAUCUGCACUCGUUUCUACGCAGCUUCGAUGAAUAAAUACCGUACUUUUUGAGAUUUGUAGUGUUUUGCCUUGCCAGAGAGCAAAACACUUCUUUAAAACAAUUCUAGCAACUCUAAACCCACAGGCUUAAAAACGAAGGAGUGAAAGAUGAGUCAUGUGACUUCUGUGCGGACACAUGGGUCUGGGUUUUCUGCCCUCUCUUGCCUGCUCCUUUACUCAUCGAGACAGUAAACCAUUCUAUCUAUGAUAUGGAGCUAUUAAGAGAUAGAAAUUAAUUUGUACCCAAAGUUCAGGCUAACAAAAAAAAUAAACUAGAUGAGCAAACUGUUACCACGUGAUAACGAUCAAUGUCUAUACUCAUUCCAAAUGCGUAUGAGUUUUAUGUCAGCUUUGAGUGCAGCCACACUGCCAUAACUUUCAAUAGAUAUGAUUAUCACAUUCCAGUGAGUAGCUCAGUGCUGCCAUGUCCCUGCAUUGUUCCAUUAAAGGGACUGAAUCAACAUGCUAAUAUAGCUAAUAAAUGGGUGAAACGCAUUAGGAACAGUAAACAUAUUCAAGUGACAUCAUACAACUAGUAAAAAAAAAAAAUAGUUGCAGACAGUUAAUUGACCAUUAAUGUCCCCAUUAGCAUUUUUGUAUCAUUAAAAAAUGUGUGGCAAGCAUUUUCCAUGAACAGGAAGUCUUUAAUAUUUACCAUGCACGUGGGAAGUUUUAGAAAAAAAAACCUUGUAAAAAAUUUUAUUGUUUAUAUCCGUGCAUCACAGAGAUCACAAUAGUUUACUCUAAUUUAUUUAUGCAAGACUUAACACCCAGUCACGUUUGCCUUUAUUCAUCAAAGUCGCAGUCAAAUCUGAUCAAACAAUAAAGCAUAUGCAAAUUCCAACAAGUUUCCUUAUUCAUCAGUUUUACGUAUCUUUGUUGUGUCUGUAUAAUCAAACUCACAUCUAACUUGGCUCACUGAAGUGCUUAAAUCAUGCUUUAAGCAUAAAUCUGACUCCAGCUAAUUCAACUUAUUUGAGAAAAAAAAGAGUUCAUGUAUCUAAUCACAGGUGAGGUGGAUAAGGAUUCCGAUUUCUGCCUGAUUUUGACCUUUAAACAUUUAUUCGUUCAUCUAACUGCUUUCCUCAGGUCAGGAUCCUACUGAGGUGAGAAUACACACAGGAUGGGAUGCCACUCCAUCAGAGGGCAACACACAUACACACACACCUAGAGGCAAGUCAUUUUAAUCCAUCCGUUAUCUGUAAACGCUUAUCCUGUG